GAGUGGGGAUUCUCGUGGCCUCACUCCGAAAAAUCCUGAUAAAAUCAUAUGACUUUAGAUGUCAUAUGACUGCAGUAGGUGUAUUUCGUUAGUGUUUAAGCGUGGAAUCCAUCAUCACAAUGUGGAGUUCUUUGCUUUGUUUUAGCGCGGUUAUUCUUUCCGUUUACGCCACUGGGGAGUUCAGUGUGUUGAAACACCCCGCUAGCGUUUCAUUUAAGGGCCAUGACCACAUCAAGCAGAGUCUUUUGCCUGAGGUUUACUCAGCAUGCAUUGGUUUCACCACAGAACAAGAUUCAAACUGGCAAGGGAUGUACCUCUCUGAUCCCUUUGACCUGGCCAAGGCAGUUGUAACAGUUGCAAUUGAUGGCAUCCCCAAUACUGGUCUCAUGAAGGGACACCACUUCCCCAUGAAAACUGAUGAGGAUGAAGCUGAAGUCUACAAUGUGAUGGCGAAACGCUUCAGGGAGCAUUAUCCUAAUGCUAAUAAUGAUGUCAGGGUUGUUUUAAGCAAAGGAUUGUAUGAGGUUGAAGAUAUUGAAGCAUUCCUUGGUGUGAAAAACAUCAAACCAAUCAAACCCACUUCCGGAGCACUCAAAAUGUCCGUGGAGGAAGACCGUCAGUUCCUGGAAGAAAUGUCCUUCUUGAAUGCGCUUGUUGAAAGCAUCAAAAGCGCCAGCCUGAAACCCUCCAACGCUCCACAACUUAUCUGGUUCAAGAUUGAAAGCCUGCAUGCAUUGUCAGAUCUCCAUGGUGAGAACUCCACUGCUACCAAAGAAGCGAAACGCAUGAUGAACCAAGCGAUUGAAGACCUCAGCGCUGCUUACGAUAAACUGUACGAUGGUAAAGUAUUAAUUAAUGUGAUUAGCAGUGAUGCAAGUCACACUAGGAGAGUACGUCGUGCGACUAAGGAGGGAGAAGAUGAGCUUGCUGAUUUGAAUUUGGCGCCGAAUUACACCUCUGACUAUCCGGUCAUCUUCAACAUUAUCCUCUGGUUCGGUGUCGCCAUGUUCUUUUCGCUGCUUGCGAUUUGCAUGUUUAUUGGCAAUAUGGAUCCUGGUCGUGAUUCCAUCAUUUACCGCAUGACGAGCACACGUAUGAAGAAGGACAACUAAGUCAUCCCUUCCAACCUAACCCAAAGCAUACAUACUCCUCCGUACAUUUGAGAAACACAAUCACUGAAACCCAUUUCAUUUUCACGCCGCGUCACUUAAUUUUUAAAUUUCAAAUUUGAGAUUCGAAGAUAACGUUUCAGGUUAUAUGCUUAUUAUACCAAUGUUCCAUUCCAUUUUUACGUAACGUCUAAUGUAACGUGUCGUUGUUGUUAUUCGGGGGCGUAUAAAACGAGAUUAAAAGGAUAAAUAGUAUUGUGAUGCGCGAAAAAUGUAACACUUAAACCUCUUGUACUACUCAUCAGUUUGUUGUUGAAUUGUAUUGUUUUUUUGAAUAAUGUUAGGUAAUGUGAGGCAAAUGUAAAAUGUAAUGUGUACAUAGGAUUUAGUCGGCUGAAAUUGUAACGAUUUUUGAGAAAUUCACGCAGCGUAGAUGAUUUUAACUUGUAGUUACAAAGUCAAUGUCGUCAUGUGAAGUUGUGAACAUAAAAAAUAAUGAUUGGAUGUUGAACAAAAGUACAAAAAAAUUACAAAAUUACAAAA